CGUAUUGAAUAUCAGUAGUGGGUAUCGGUAGUUGUUUGUCAAACUAAGAAAUCUGCAUUAUUAAGAUGUCGGUGAAAAAAAAAGUUGGAGAUAAUCAAAAAAACGUAAAAAUAGCAAGCAGAAAAAAAAGGCGAGGUCCAUACAAAAAAUAUAAUACUUUUGGAAGUGUAAUGACUAUUCCAAAACGAACAAAAUAUGAUUGGCGUGUAAAACGAGAAAAGAGUCAACAAAUUAUACCAACACAAAUACAGUCGGUUCCGUUGCAAUCAGAAAAUCAUGGUAGUAAAACAAUCACCGAGAUUAAAGACUUAACUAAUGGGGAACAAAAUUGUAAGGAAAGUUUGUCAGAUAAUGUUGGAAUUGCCGAAGCAUUAGAACCUAUUAAAAUGGAUUAUCAAGAAACCCCGCCGAAUGAUCAAGAAUCUUCCAACAAUAUCGAUAUUAUAGUUAUUGAUGAGUACGCAAACAGAACAAAUAAUGAUCUUCCAAACAAUCUUGCAUCUAACCCAAGAACCAUACCAAAACAUCAUCUUAUUAAUAAUCUUCUUGUCAUGGCUAUUAAAUGGCGAAGAAAUAUUACUCAUACAGUUGCACAAGAUAUCGCUAAUUUACUUAAUAUUUUCUCAACAACUGCGGGUGCUAAGACUUCUAAAUAUUAUUGGAAAACAAUUAUUGAUCGUUAUUCGCACAAUAUUACAACUCACUAUAUUUGUAUUCAAUGUGGAAAUUAUUUAGGUAGUGAAAGUAACUGUUCAAGUAAUUGUAAUAAUUGUUUAACUAAAUUCGAUCCUAAGUCUAAUGAAGGUUCAUUUUUACAUCUACCUUUAACCGAUCAAUUACGCGAAUUAUUUGAAACUACUGAUGCCCAUAACUUGUAUUCUUUGAGCCGAAGGAAAGAAAAUAAAUAUGCUAUAGAAGACAUUUUUGACGGAAAAAUGUACAAGAAACAAGUAAUACACGAUGAUAUGAUUUCAAUCAAUUACAGCGUCGAUGGAGCUCCUAUUUUUGAGAGUUCAAAUACCUCGAUUUACCCUGUACUUUGCUCGAUUAACGAGCUUAAUCCAUUUGAACGAAGAAAUCAUAUUAUGCUCUCUAGCAUCUGGUUUGGUUCCGGUAAACCAAAAGAUAUGAACGGAUAUUUGAGGCCGUUUACAGAUGAAGCAAAGAAACUUCUUGACAAAGGUUUCACAUAUUUAUAUAAAGGUCAAAUAUAUCGCAAAAGAGUUGUAACCUUGAUGGGUGUAUGCGACUCGGUUGCUCGUCCUCUUGUACAAUGUGUGAAACAAUUUAAUGGAGAGUACGGAUGUGGUCUAUGCUUACAUCCAGGGAAAAGAGUUAGUAAAGGUAAUGGAUUCACCCGAGCUUAUCCAAUCGUAAAUGGAAAUUUCUUCGGUGAAGGACUAAGAACUCACAACCAAACUUUAACUCAUGCUAAGAAAAAAAACGUCGAAGAUCGAAAAGGAGUUAAAAAAUUAUCCAUCUUAUGUGAAAUUCCAAAUUACAAUAUUAUUUAUAAUUUAGAUGUCGACUGGAUGCACUGCGUUGGACUAGGAGUUGUCCGUCAAUUUGCAGAUUUAUGGUUUAGCUCAUUAAACAAAGAUGAAAAAUUUUAUUUUGGAGACAUUCUGGAAUCGGCAAACUCCUUCAUUACAUCAUUUCUACCAACGUCAUAUUUUUCCCGGACACCAAGACCUUUAACAGAUCGUACUCAUUGGAAAGCUCACGAGUGGAUUAUCUUUCUUUUGGCAUACAGUUUGCCUCUACUUAAAAUAUACUUUUCAAAAACAUAUGUUGAUCAUUGGGCGUUGUUAGUUGAUGGAAUAUCAAUACUCAUCAAACGAUCAAUAAUGAAAUCGGAGUUAACUUAUGCCAAUCAAUGCUUACAAAAGUUUGUUCAGGGAGUUCAAGAGUUAUACGGAGAAAAAUUCAUGAGUUUUAAUGUUCAUUUAUUAACUCAUUUAGCUAUCAGCGUUGAAAAUUGGGGCCCUCUCUGGACUCAUAGUGCAUUUAUUUACGAGGAUUUCAACCAGACUUUAGAAAAUUGUGUGAAAAGUCCUAAUGGAGUUAUUAUACAAAUUUGUGACUCAUUUAGAUUAAAAUGUGUGAUUGAUCGACUGUAUAAUUUGUGUAAAAAUGAUUUAAGCUAUCAACAAAAAAAUUAUUUAGAUCGUUUAAUGAAUUACAAAUUAGUUAAAAACAAUACCGUAAAAGAAUGUAAAAUACUAGGUCGAAAAACUUUAAUGAAAUCAUUAUCUAUGGAUCAACUAUUAGCUUUGAGAAGAUUAAAUAUCGUAGUCGAUUCGAACACACACAUUUUCACUUAUGCUAGAUGUAAAAUUCACCGGGAAAUCGUAACGAGUGCAAAAUAUAAACGCGAGAAAAAACGAAUAAAUUUUAACGUCAUGCUAACAAAUGGAAAAAUUUUCGAGAUACAACAUUUCUUGAAUUUAAAAACGAGAUCUGGAGAAGAUAAUUAUUUGAUUGGUUAUUAUUACGUGAUUAAAAAUAAUGAAUCUUUCAUACACGGCAGAAAACUUAGUCAUUUUAUUGUUUUAGAUAAAAAAAUUCCAAUUUUGGCCGCCGUAAAAGUUGAAAUGAUAAAAGAAAAAGUAAUGAUUUUUAAAAUGUCAAAGUUAAAAUUAAUAGUAGCUUACGUUCAUGUAUGUAGUUCGGAAUUGCUGACUUAAUUUUAAAGAAAAAUUUUUUUUCUGC